AUGAAUCGGAUCAGUAUACCUCUCACCUUGUCAUUAUUGCAGAGGAGUUUGGUUCCUCGUGGCCUGAGGAGAGCAUCCCUUGUCCAGGAUCUGCAAUACAAUGCAUGUCAGCAUGCUCGUCUCUCAGCAUCAUCCAAAGAUGGCAGGUCGCAACAGAAGACCUCCGUGACAGUUGAACCGAAGGAGCUUGACCAAGACGAUCAAUAUAGCAAAAAAUUCUCAUUCGGUGAAAGCUUCCUACAAGCACUCGGUCAAGUUUAUCAAGACACCAAUGAAACACAGCUAUCACCAAAUCAACUGCAAGAGAUCGAAACCGAAGCUAUCAACAUUAUGAAAGAUGUUGGCGACCCUGGAGGCUCAAUGUCUCGCACCAUCAACUACGAGUUCAUGGCAUACAUGGUCGCGCCAUACCGCGUCCUCAAAGCCAGUGGCACUUCUUUGCCCCAAAUCCGUCGUCUCCUGGAAGAAUCGCUCCAACGAACCUUGGCCUGGUCAUCACAAAUAGUUCGCGAGCAGCUCGACUCUUCACCCGACGCAUUUAAAAGCCUCGUGCAAGAGUCCAAGGACAAAGAACAGAACUUCUACCAGGAACCUGACUUCAGGCUUCGACGAGCUCGAGACGAGCCAGAUUCUUAUAGCUUGGAAGUACAUCAAUGCUGGUAUAUGGAUACUCUGCAGCGUCUUGAUGCGCGAGAGAUUGGUCCGAGUUUCUGCUCCUUUGAUAGGAGCUGGUACGAUCCCAUUGAUCCUGGUCGGCAUGGCGUCAAGUUUACUAGGCCAAGCACUAUCGCUCAGGGUGCUGAUCGAUGUAGGUUCAACAUUGAUCGUGUAAAGAAACAGUAA